CCCCACCCGUGGAGGGGCCCCCAGUGUCCGCCUCCCACCCCACGGCGGCUGAGAGCCCCACGUGACUGUCCAAGGCAGAUGUUUCCUGCUCCCUGGGGAAUGCUGUGUCAGUGGCCAGGCUAGCCGCAGAGCUGACAUCUCCCUGACCCGCCAUGGGCCCCAACCUGCUCAUGCUGUUGCUGGUGGGACUGGCAGGCCAGGCCUCCACCAGCUUCCCGGAGGUGCUGCAGGCCCCCGUAGGGGGCUCCAUUCUGGUGCAGUGCCACUACCGGCUCCAGGACGUCAAGGCUCGGAAGCUGUGGUGCCGGUUCCUGCCCGAUGGGUGCCAGCCCCUGGUGUCCUCGGCUGUGGAUCGCGGAGCCCCGGCGGGCAGGCGCAUGUUUCUCACGGACCUGGGGGGCGGCCUGCUCCAGGUGGAGAUGAUUACCCUGCGGGAGGAGGACACCGGCGAGUACGGCUGCGUGGUGGAGGGGGCGGCGGGGACCCAGACGUUGCACAGGGUGGCCCUGGUUGUGCUCCCUCCAGCUCCUACCCCGAAAGAGGAGGAAGAGAACUAUAAGGUUGGGAGUCUGGCUGACGGCCCCUUCUCAGACACCAUGGGCAGUGCCAGCCCUUUGGAACCCAGACAGGAUGAGAAGAGCAUCCCCUUGAUCUGGGGCGCUGCGCUCCUGCUGGGCUUGCUGGUGGCAGCAGCCGUGCUAUUCGCUGUGAUGGCCAAAAGGAAAGGGACCAGGCUUGGUGUCUGUGGCCAAUCUCAGAGCAGCAGAGUUUCAGGCAAGGCCUCUUCCUCAGUGGUCCACCACAUCAGUGACUCUGGCCUCGGAGUUGAUUUUCCAUCGGACAUACCGUAUGCUAGGCUCGACUCGCCACCUUCCUUUGACAAUGCCACCUAUAGCAGCCUACCUUUUGAUCCCCCAUCAGAGGACUCUCCAUCCCCAGCCCAAUCCUCAUCGCCCCCUCUGCCUCCUAAAGUCCUGAUGUACUCUAAGCCUGUGACAUAUGCCACAGUUAUCUUUCCUGGAAGGGACAAGGGUGGAGGGGCCACCUGUGAGCCAACCCAAGAUCCACUGACUAGCCAAACACCAUCCAGCUAAACUGUUCAUCAUACUAUUUACCACAGAGACCAUCCCCAGAGUUCUAUGCAUCCAGCCAGCCAGCCCAUACCCUAGAUCCUUAGUAUAUCAGAACAGCUAGGGACUUUAGGAUCUAAUCUAACCUCUUGACUUUUCUGAUGUGUAAAGUGAUACUUAUAUGUGAUUGAGGUAUCCUAGGAACGAACCCCCCAUGCUGGUUCCCCUGCCCUUAAACCACUGAGCUAAAUAAACUCUGAAUGAUAAUA